CUUGUUUGGUGCGUUGACAUUGGAUAUCGACGAUCGCAUGAAUUCCCGCCUCGCAGCUCGCGCGACCCAGAGCCUUGCGACCCAAAGACUCUGGAAGUCGUCACCUCGCUCCCAAACUCACUAGGAUGAAUAAUUUGAAGUGCUAUUUGAUAAGCCAACUAAAAGGGGAUAGCCAACGUUAAGUUUUGGCCAUUCGGGGGGAUUGGGCACUCACGCAGGAACAGUGACCAAUGGAGGGGACGCAGACUCUGGGACUGGGACUGCCGAUUGCGGCUUUGGUGUGUAUUGCAAAGCACCUUUUUCGCGGGCCUUGAGCUUCCUGGAUCGUUUGGACCAAUUUACAAGCACGAGCUUGUACACCAAUCAAUGCAAAGCGCCCCAAUUUGUCCAAACUCAAUUGGCAGUUCUUUUAGUUCUUCGCCCGAUCACACAGAGAUAAUAAGAUCUGGUCAAUGUCAGUCCCCUCCUCGGAGAAGGCGGCAGCUGGUGAGGACUGCGGGUUGUCGCGCUUGACCGCGGGCCUCAUCCAGCAAAUAGCUAGCUAUCUGCAUCCCAACGAGGUCAUAACUAGCCUGAAGCAGCUGAACCAUGAGACAGCGCAGUGCCUGAAGGAGUACCGACUCGUCCAACUCUCGCAGCCGCUCACUCCAGCGCCUUCGUGGGCUAGCGAUCAUCCUGUGCAUGUAGCUGUGCAGUCAUGGCCUUCGGCUUUGUUCGUAGCUCACUGGGGUCGGCCGCAGCCCUGGCGCACCCUCAGCCUGCGACAGCGGCGCCGGCUGCUGUGCCUGGCCGCGAACUCGGGCUGUGCCGCGAGCCUGGAGGCUGCGCUGGCGCAGUGCGGCUGCAGUCUGACGUCUAAGGUGGCCAUGGCUGCUGUGCUCGGCGGCAGCGUGUCUGCAUGCGAGACGCUGCUGAUUCGGGAGGGCUGCGAAAGCAUGGCGCGCCUGGAGGAUGUCGCGGCGGAGGCCGGCCACCUGGAGGUGCUGCGCUGGCUGCGCGAAGCUCGGCGGGACCAGCUUCUGCUCGAACCUCCACAGCAGCUUCUGGAUGAUCAGUUGAGGAGUGAGCAGGCGCCAGAUGAGGUCGCAACGGCGGUCGCCGCCUGCCGCGGCGGCCACGCGCACAUCCUUGCCUGGCUGCAAGAGGAGGAGGAGCAGGCGCGGCAGCAGGCACAGCCGCAGGAGGAGCAGCAGGCGCUAAGGUUUGUCACCAUGUACAUGUCGAAGCCGCCGUUGAAACUGGCCGACAGGAAAGCCGUGCAGUACCUGGCGGGUGCGGCCGCUGCGGGCGGGCACGUGCAGCUGCUGGACCAGCUGCUGCCGCGCCUGGAGCCCGUCACCGCGGGGGCGUUGUGCUGCGCCGAGCUCGAGAGGGUGGCAAAGGGCUGCACGCUGGAGGUCCUGCAGCGUGUUUACAACCACCUGUGCGGACUGGAGUCUGCUAUGCUUCCCAGCGUAUGCGCCAAGAGGUCGCUGGUGGUGGCCGCCGCCGUCAGCAACACGGCCGACUGGGAGCAGAAGCUGGACUGGGUCCUGCAGCAGGAGGCAUACGAGCCGCUGACCGAGCGCCCUUUCGCACAUGCAUACGUUAUGAGUGAUUACAUCGUGCUCUGCCACGCUGCCGGCCGGCUGCCGGACUGGCUGCAGCGGCUGCAAGCCCUGCGCGCACGCAACGUGCCGCUGCCACCGCUGCUUACACUGGCGAUGCGCGCCGCCAUCGCAGGCGAUGUCGCCGCGCUCACGUGUUUGCUGGCAGAGCAGAGCGAGGGUGUGCCAGCGCGUGAACAGAUAGCGAGUGCAGCUGUGGCGGCUGGGCACGUGCCGAUACUCUCCGUGCUGCACGCUUGGGGCUGCGUGUUCUCGGGGGACGAUGUCAUGGUGGCGGCUCGGGCCGGCCACGCGGCGGCAGUGGGGUGGCUCCUCGCGCAGCCGCUGCAGCCCCCGGCCGCCGACCGGGCAGCGGUGUUCCAGCACUUGGCGGACCAGGGCGCGGACCUGGACACCCUGCGGCACCUGCAUGAGCGGCACGGCGCGCCCAUCGACCUGGAGGCGGUGGCGAAGUACGGCAGUGUGGAGGCGCUGGAGUGGGCGGUGGCGGCACUGCAGAGGGCGGGCGCAGAGCGUCCGGAAGUCCAGGACAUGGAGAGCCUGCUUAACGGCAUCCAGCAGCGCAACACGGUGUGGUCCGCGGCGGCCGCCGGCAACCUGGCGGCAGCGGACUGGCUGGCGCAGCUGCUGGCCUCACACGGGUUGGGUCAGGGCCCACACCUGCCGGCGGCUGAGGGUUUGCGCCCUUCAGCACACGGCGCACGCAACGCGUUCGGGGCACUGCGUUGGUGGCUGCGGCAACGGCAGGAGGGUCGCGGCGCAGGGCAGGCAUUGCUGCGUGAGAGCAAGGAGGGGCAGGGGGCGCGGGCGGAGCAGCCGUCGGUGGGCGGGCUGGACGACAUGGAGUGGCGGGCGCUGUUCGCGGGUGUGACGGCCUUCAUGAGCACUGCGCUGACUCGCCCUGGCGUGUGGAAGUACUCGCGCGCGCAAGUGAAUUGGCUGGUUGCAAGGCGCCUCGAGACCGCAGCGCAGGCGGAGGCGGCUGGACAGGUGGGCGCGGUAGCGGCGGCGCGGGCGGCGGCGGAGGAGCUUGCGGCGAUAACGGCCAAGGCAAAGGUGCAGGCGGACGUAAACGCCAGGAUGGAGCGUGAGAGGCUGGCACGGCUCGACGGCCAAAUGGCUGAGAUGUUAGCCAGAAGUAUGGCUGCGGACGCGGCGGCGGAGGCGGCGGCGGCUGGAGCGGCGGCGGCUGGGGCGGAGGCGGCGGCUGGGGCGGAGGCGGCGGCUGGGGCUGGAACUGGGGCUGGGGCUUGGCAGGCGGAUGAUCAACGUGGUGCCCAGGCGGGUGAGUGAGGAGCUGUGAAGGCUUGACGACCACUGAGCGGUGUGCCGCACUGCCACAGCUGCCGGCAACAUGGGGGGUGGGGGUGCAUGGGGCGGCUGUGGGGGGGGUAACCUUGAACCAAUGCCGUAAGGGAACAGUCGCGCUGCAAGGAGAAAACUGCAGCCGCAUAUGCGAGCUUUUGUACAUCACGACAGGUAGUUGGGCGGGCUUGGGCAGUGUAAUGGCAGGUGAAAGUAGGCUGUGCGGGGCCUGAUAAUUGUGGCUGUCAGCCUUACAAUCGUGCCUGUGCACGGUGUGUACCAUAAUGCGGCGAGUGGAUUGACUGCUGAGGUGGUCUUGAGUAGGUCGAUGGGGCGCGCGGGCGCUGGCCUGCAGCACAGGGGCACACGCUGCGGGUUGUGCAGUUGAGCGCAUGGCCGCGACCGAUGCGGGAAGUGCUGUGGGCUACGUGGACUAGGCAUAUACUGUCUCUCUGGAGCCCACGGCCUGGGAAUGGAGGAUGCAGGGGGUGCGGCAUCGGUCGGCCCACA